AUGACCAACACCGCCACAUCCCCGCGCUACCAUUCGCACUCCCAGGCUCGCUCGCAGCAGCAACGCCCUUCCACGACCCCUUCGAAUCCACCCGCCAUGACGCCCUUCCUAUCGCCUCGUCGAUCGAGUCCGCAACGAAAAGCGCCGCAGACACCAAGUCCCAAUUACUUUGGUUUCCAAGCCGAAGGCGCUUCCCUUCUCACCGAUUCACCGCAGCAUGCCAAGGGCAAUUGGAGCCCGCCCUCUAGUACAGUGCGAUCGACUGCUGCAGUGUCUCCGAGUGUCGUUCCCCUCGAGCAGAACCCCGACUUCGAUGCGUUCCGGAAACAGUCGCAGGAGGGUAAGGCCUUCAACUUGGCCGGGCUGAACAGUUUCAAGAUGAGCAUGCCGAGCCCAAGGCCGGGGGGCGCAAGAUUAAACGGCCACCAGGCAUCAAACUCACAUCCGCAGACGUCGCCGGCCAAGUCCACACCGGUUGCGCCGAAAGACAUACAAAUACCGGCAGCGCAUCGGUCGGGCCUGCAGGAAGCCUCGCCUACCGAGCUGGCAAGAUCGCCAAAGCGGGUGUUAUCCCCGGGCUCACAAUAUGAUAGCAAUCGGCGAGGAUCGCCUCCCGAGUAUGAUUCAGAUCGGGAGAGGAUGACGAGUUCACCUCCGGAGAUGCACCCGCGAGUACAACUGCCACUCGACACUCUUAACGGAGGGUAUCCCAGUUCUGUGAAGCACCGAGCCGAGACAUUACCCGCGACUACCAAUGAUCCGGAGUCACAAUCAAUGGCCACGCCACAACACAUUGUGAACUUGCUGAAUUCCAAGACUGACGAGAUACUCUUGCUGGAUCUCCGAGUGGCGACUCAGUAUGCGACUUCACACGCAGUAGGCGCAUUGAAUCUUUGCAUUCCCACGACGCUUCUCAAGAGACCCUCCUUCAACGUGCAAAAGCUUGCGGAGACUUUCAAGGAUGACGAACAGCGAGGUCGAUUUGAAAACUGGAGAAAUGCUUCGUACAUCAUAGUGUAUGACGGGAACUCGGCUACUCUGAAAGAUGCCACGAUUUGCUCAAACACCAUCAAGAAGUUCCGGAGCGAGGGUUUCGAAGGUGCACUGUACAUCGUCAAAGGUGGCUUCCUGGAGUUCUCGAAGCGGUUCCCGUCAUACGUCGAACAGGGCAUGGAUGGCUCAAGCGCUGCUACAGAUGGCGACGGCCCUGAAGUAGCCCCUGUGGUCGGAGGCUGCCCAAUGCCUUCCACCGAUAAACCAGCGAAUCCGUUCUUCGGCAACAUUCGGCAGAACAUGGACCUUAUUGGGGGCGUGGGCCAGAUGGCCAUUAAGCACCCAUCCAAGGAGACGAAAGCUGCCGAACAGGAGUAUCCGGAAUGGCUAAAGGCCGUCGCAGAUGAGAAGGAUCAAGGAAAGAAGGUUUCCAACAGAUUCGAGCAAAUUGAGCGACGAGAAAAGAAGCGAAUGGAGGAUGCUCUAUCUGGGAAAGUCUCAUUUGGCACGCCGACGAAAGAGCCCGCGCACGGGGAAGUGCAGAUUGCCGGCUUGGAGAAGGGCAACAAGAACCGAUACAACAACAUUUGGCCAUUCGAGCACUCGCGUGUGAGGUUGCAAGGAGUUCCAAGCCAUGGAUGCGACUAUUUCAAUGCAAGUCAUAUCAAGGCUUCUUGGAGUAAUAAACGAUAUAUUUCGACGCAGGCGCCCAUACCUGCUACCUUCAACGACUUCUGGAAUGUGGUCUGGCAGCAAGAUGUGCGCGUCGUUGUCAUGUUGACGGCGGAGAAGGAAGGUGCGCAGGUCAAAGCGCACAACUAUUGGGACAAGAGGCAAUAUGGCUCUAUACAGCUAGACUUUCUCUCGGAAAAGCGCGCAUCGUUGGAACCCUCGCGGAUACAUCAAUCGCAGAAACGGCCGAGUCCUGUUCGGCGCGCGUCUACGAAGUCGCAGAAUCCGCAGGUCCCCUUGGCGCCGGUCGAUAGCAAAGAAGAGAAGGGUAGUGGAUCUGAUCAGCCGUUUGUGAUAGUGCGCAAGUUCACCAUCAAGCAUGACAAACACCCAUUCGCGCCAAUGCGCGAGCUUACCCAGCUCCAGUACUCUAGCUGGCCCGACUUUGGAGCGCCCGCGCAUCCUGCGCACCUUCUUGGAUUGGUAGAGCAAUGCGAUGCGGUUGUCCGGGCAAGCAACCGCUCUCAUUCGUCUGAGCAGCCCGAGCCCGAGGACGCAAGGCCAGUACUGGUGCACUGCAGCGCUGGGUGUGGAAGGACCGGGACCUUCUGUACGGUGGACUCGGUGAUCGACAUGCUCAAGCGGCAACGGAUGACGAGAUCCAAUGCUCCUCCGCGGCAAGGUACGCCGAUGGACGUGGACAAAGACAGCAAGCGCUCCUCUGCAGGCCGGAGCAGAUCCGACGGCGGCUUCUUUGCCUCGGAGGUUCAGCACGACAGCGACGGCGUGGACGGUGCCUGGCUGCACCGCGACGACCAGGACUUGGUGGAGAAGACGGUCUCGGACUUCCGACACCAGAGACUGAGCAUGGUGCAGUGUCUGAGGCAGUAUGUGCUUUGCUAUGAGAGUGUGAUGGAGUGGUUGGUGGAGCAAGGACGUGCUGCGAAGGGAGCUUGA